CCCCACCUUUUGUGUAUGUGUUUUUAUUUUAUAAUUGUUUUAUUUAUUUGCAACAAGCUACCGUUAAGGCAUACAAUCGCCUCAAGAUUCAUUGUCUGGAGGAAGAUCAAGCAUUUUAGGAGUGGAGGCCAAGAGAGGUGGUACCUUUGAAGGGAAGUUCCAAAGAGAAGCGUGCAAAAUGGGGCAAUGCAGAUCAAGCUUCUCUCCUUUUAUUUGAGACAACAACAAAAGGCAACCACGAGGACGGACGACAGCUCAGCCGGAGGAGGCGGAGGUGGAGGAGAGAGUGGAGGAAGUGGGGGAAAAGGAGGAGUUGGUUUUGGAGGAGAAGGCGGAGGCGUGCAAUCAGAGCAGCAAAAGAUAUGGCCAACGGAAACACGAGCAACGAUGGGCCUGGAAACCCCUUGGCAGCCAUAGUGUCUACCACAGGUGGCAUGAUGGGUGGAGCACCUUCCUCGGCUGUGUCUACCUAUGUUAAACUUGUCCUUUUGGGGCUGAUCAUCUGCAUCAGCCUGGUAGGCAACUUAUUGGUGUCUCUGCUGGUGCUACGGGACCGAGCGCUUCACAAGGCACCUUACUACUUUCUUCUGGACAUCUGUCUUGCCGACACCAUUCGUUCGGCAGUCUGCUUUCCCUUUGUGCUGGUAUCCAUCAAGAACGGCUCUGCUUGGACUUAUAGUGUGCUCAGCUGCAAGGUGGUGGCCUUCAUGGCUGUACUCUUCUGCUUCCAUGCUGCCUUUAUGCUGUUCUGCAUUAGCGUCACACGUUACAUGGCCAUCGCCCACCACCGAUUCUACUCUAAGCGAAUGACCUUCUGGACCUGUGUUGCGGUGGUCUGUAUGGUCUGGACACUGUCGGUUGCCAUGGCGUUCCCACCCGUUUUCGACGUAGGCACCUAUAAGUUUAUCCGUGAGGAGGACCAGUGCAUCUUUGAGCAUCGCUAUUUCAAGGCCAAUGAUACGUUAGGCUUCAUGCUGAUGCUGGCUGUGCUAAUCCUGGCCACUCAUGUGGUAUACAUGAAGCUCCUGCUGUUUGAAUACAAGCACCGGAAGAUGAAGCCGGUCCAGAUGGUUCCAGCCAUCAGCCAAAACUGGACCUUUCACGGGCCUGGAGCCACAGGCCAGGCAGCUGCAAACUGGAUAGCAGGCUUCGGCCGUGGUCCAAUGCCUCCAACUUUACUGGGCAUCAGGCAGAACUUGCACAACCAGAACAGACGCCUUCUAGGCAUGGAGGAGUUUAAGGCUGAGAAGCAGCUUGGCAGGAUGUUCUAUGUCAUUACCUUAUUUUUUCUGGUGCUCUGGUCCCCAUACAUUGUGGCCUGUUAUUGGCGUGUCUUUGUGAAGGCAUGCACCAUCCCACACCGGUAUUUGUCCACCACCGUGUGGAUGAGUUUCGCCCAGGCAGGCGUGAACCCUAUCAUCUGCUUUUUCCUCAACAAAGACCUGAAGAAGGGCUUGGUGGCCCACCUGCCUCCCUGUUGUAGAACUCCACCUCAACUGCCCCAUGAGCCUUAUUGUGUAAUGUGAAGAUGAUCAUUCAUAUUGUUUUUUUGUUGUGUUCUUUUUCAUUCUUUUUAUUCUGAAUGAUUGGAUUGUGGACAGCCUGGGGGAGGGGUUUAGGAGGUCAUAGAUGAACUUGAAGAGCUGUUGUGGCCUUUGAUUCAGUUAAAGAUGCUUUAAAAUGGUGGAUGUUAAGGAAUAAGCAUCUACUGUCACCUUAUAGUAACGAUAUGGGGAAAAUUAGCUCUAUGUUAAUGUGUGAUAUGGUAAAUCAACUCUAAACAGGUUUGAAGAACCAUAUGUUUUCCAUUGGGGUGUGCUAAGGUGGUAAAAACAUGACAAAUCUUGCUGUUCAGAAAUGAUCCAAACUGGUAAAUUUAUUGUGAAUGUAUGACCGCUAUAUCAAAUGGUUUCUUAAGACUGAACCCUACAAACAUUAAAUUUGGCUCAGAAUCUCUGAUGGUUUACAAGGAUCCUGAGGGCCUUGAAACAAAGAUUUGCCAAAAAAAUUAUACAUGCCUUGUGAACAGCUGCACUCUUGGCCGAAUAAUUUGUAUUAUUUGAACUAACGAGUCAAAAAUACUCAAUGUGCAUGCAUAUUACCUUAUCUUUAAGGGUAAAACAAACUUGAGAUGAAACUAUUUUAAGAAAGUGUGCCAAGAGUCAAGCAUAAAGAAUGGUAAUCAAUGGGGGCUGACAAAAAGACAAAGUUCCUACAGUUUAUGCUAAUUGUUUGGACUGGAUCCUUCCUGUUUCCCUGUCAGGUAGGAAUGGUCAUAGAAAAACAGUAUGUUUAAAAACAACAGAGAACCUUCCAUGAAAAAUUAAGCUCCUCUUAUUAUCCUCUCUUAAUUGAUUCAAAUGGAGAUGAGAGGAGCUGACUGAAACACUAAUCUUUGUGAAAUGUUGCCUAUUCAGGUUUGCAGGUGCUCUUUCCUGGGUGACUUUAAUGACAUUUUUGCUGCAAUUUAUUGUGUUUAUUUAUUUGUCUCAAUUGUUUUUUUAUGAUAAACAUUUCAUUGCACAAAAUAAGUCAUGUCCUUAUCAUGUUCAGAACUGGUUCUGAAUAUGUGACCAGUCCUUUGAUAUUCAAACCAAGAAAAGGUAAAGAUAUAAAAGAAAUAAAUAAGACAAUAGUACUUUGCUGUAAUUGGUCUUUUAAUAUGGAGACAACAUUUGAAUGCAAGCUUAGAUUAUGAGGAGUGGAAACUUUAAGUGAAUGAGCAAAUAUACUUAUCAGAUAAUAAUCUAUGUUGGUUAAACUAACUGCUCUUUUAUCCUUCCAAAUGAUUCAGAAGACAUUGUAGAGGAGAGGUUACAUAAUCUUUUGCUUUUUGAAAUUACUUGAAUGAAAGUUUACUAGCAUAUCAGAUCAAUACAAAGUUUCAACUAGUUUAAAAUGUGGUUUAGCCUACAUAUGGAAAUAUCUUUGAGAUGAAUCAAUUAAUCCUUUCACAUAGUCGUGGCUGGUAGGUUGCUUUAAAGACAUUACAGAAUAAUAUAGAAUGAAUGGAUUUUGAUCAAGUGGCAACAAGAAAAUUAAAGUUGAAUGUUUGUUUUGGAUUGCAGCAUGACAAAAUAAAUGUAGAAUUUUGCCGCCUGUUCACCUCAUAACUCUUAAAACAUGAAUCAAACAACAAAAAUCUUAUUUUAAAACAUAACAUUCUUAAAUACUCUUGUAAUGAAAUUAUGAAUGUGUUUGAGAUUAGAACAACAUGUAAGCUAUUAGAGGAAUGUUUCAAUUUACUUUACAAGUAUUCCAUCUCAUUAGGAGCAAAUUGGCUGAAGUGUCAAAGAAUUUCCCUAAAUAUUUUGCACACAACUUACACACAAGAAAUCAUUGAUCCAGUGGCUUGAUUUCUCUUGCAUAGUUUGACUUGAAUCGGAAUACUGACCAAUGGAGAUUGUAAUAUUUGAAUGUUAAGGGGGCAAAAACAUAAAACAUCUGUCUGUAGGUUAGGCAUGGGAUUGGUAGGUGUUAUCAGACGUUUGUUUCUGAAACCUGUCAAUGCAAGAACAAAGCAAAACAGAAUAGCAGCAGAACAUCUAUGAUCAACAGAAAAAUAAGAAUUCUUUGUUAUCUGCAUUUUAUGCCUUACUCCAUUACCAAGGUUUGAUGUCACCAAUACAAGAAUGAUUUGAAAGCUGUAUGCUUCUAAAGACACCAAUAAAUGCUACUGAAACAGAUGCUGGGGCAAACACAACACUGUGUAUUCAUGGAUUAUCAGAGGACAUGUCUCACUACCCUUCACAAACCUGCGGGUUGUGGGUGAGAAGAUGCCAGCAUCAGCGGGGUUACUGAUUACAAAUUUGCAAAUUCUGACACACUGGAGUGUCCAAUUUUGCACAGUUCUCUGGAGCGACUUGAAUUUAUGAAAAAAAAACAAAAACAAACGUGACACAGAGAGAAUUGAAUUUCCAUGGGAUUAAAAGGAUCUUCUUGGAUUCUUUAGGAUUACUUUGAGACUUUUUCCUCUUA